UCUCUCUCUCUCUCUCUGAAGCGUGAGAAAUGGCGUCGUCGUCGUCGCCGUUGAGGGGAACGAUUCUGGUGACUGGAGGCGCCGGAUACAUCGGCACACACACCGCUCUUCAGCUUCUCCAGCUAGGAUUCAAGGUCUGCGUCUUCGACAGUUUCCAGAACUCCUUUUUCGAUGCCAUUUAUUCUCUUGCCGAUGUCGCUGGACCCGAACUCGCCAAAAACCUCCUGUUCGAUUACGGAGAUCUCACCAAUAAGGAGGAGGUGGAGAAGACGUUUUCUCGGACGAGGUUCGAUGGUGUGAUCCAUUUUGCCGGUUUAAAAUCUGUUGCUGAGAGUAUAGCGAAUCCUCUCCGCUAUUUUGAGAACAAUUUGAUUGGCUCAAUCAACUUGUUCCAGACCAUGGCAAGAUACAAUUGUAAGAAGUUAGUUUUCUCCUCUUCCUCGGCGGUCUAUGGACAACCGGAAAAGAUUCCUUGUGUUGAGGAUUUCAAGUUAAAUCCGUUGAACCCUUAUGGGCGGACCAAGUUCUUUCUUGAAGAAAUUGCUCGGGAUAUCCGGAAAGCAGAUCCUGAAUGGAAAAUGAUCUUGUUGAGGUACUUUAAUCCUGUUGGGGCUCAUGAGAGUGGCAAACUUGGUGACGAUUCAAUGAGCAAUUACCGACGAAAAGAAGAUCCAAGGAGCACCCUAAACCAUCUUAUGGUUAACAUGACGCAAGUAGCUGUUGGAAGAUUUCCCGAUCUCGAUGUGUACGGUCAUGAUUAUCCGACUCCUGAUGGUACUGUGAUCCGAGAUUACAUCCAUGUUGAGGAUUUGGCAAAUGGUCACGUUGCUGCACUCAAUAAGCUGCUCUCUGACGAGUAUACAGGCUGCACUGCAUACAACUUGGGAACUGGUUCUGGUACAUCUGUAUUGGAAAUGGCUGCUGCAUUUGCGACGGCAUGUGGAAGGGAAAUCCCCGUAAGAUUUUGUCCAAGAAGAUUGGGAGAUGCCAUAGAACUCUAUGCUUCUACCGAGAAAGCGGAGACGGAACUUGGUUGGAAGGCAAGAUAUGGGAUUGGAAAAAUGUGCAUGGACCACUGGAAUUGGGCAAGCCUGAAUCUGACAUAGAGUACCUAUCCUUGAGUGAAUGAUUCUCCACACAAGAUAUACUCUACUUCUUAAAAGACUGAACGGGGGUUGGGAUAUCAUCACAUUGAGGUCUAUUUCAUGAAUUCAUAUAGUUUGCCAGAAUAUAAAUUUCAAAUAAAGAACUUAGAAAGAACAGAAUGGAAAUUCAAAAGCUGUUGAACUUUCAUUUCCCAAAAGGUCAUGGCUUGCCCGAUUUUGUAACUGAAGGCA